AAAACAGGAAAACGGUGGAGAAGAUCAGCUUUUUUUUUUGCGGGUGAAGAUCAGCUGUUUUAUUGGAAGUCGCGCUAGCUCUGGUGGGCUAGGGAAGGUAGCACCUGUGAACUUGGCGUUCUCGGCCUGUAUAAUCCAGAUAGGGCCGUGCUGGGCCAUUCGGCCUGGUUUGAAUGUGAACCCGGACAAAGUGGACUCCUCUUUCCAAACACGCCCAAAGAAUUUCCGGAGCUACCUAAAAAAAGAAUUGAUUCUAAAAAAAAACUAAAAAAAGAAUUUCGGGAGCGAACGCGAACACGCACGCGCACGACCCCCGCGAGGUCAUUUUCGCAUUGCAUCCUGCCGGCGGCGGCCGCGACACCACACGAUGCAGCCCUUCUCGCGGCACACCAGCUUCUUCGCGUCCCUCAAGCAGGUGGAAGACCGGUUGGCGGCGGAGGAGCAGCCGCCAGCGCCCCGACAGCCCGUCGCGCCGCCGCUGUUCUCGGACACCAUGACCGCAUCCCCGCUCUUCCUCGGCGCGUCGACGGCCACGGCCACCGACCGCGGCGGCGGCGGGGAGAGCAGCGACGCGGCGCUGGACUUCCUCACCCUCUCCAAAGAUGAAGCGCGCGUGCAAGAGCCCCAACAAGACUCUGACGACGACGAUGACGAUGACGGCGACGAUAGCGGGGCGGACAUAGCGCGGCUGAUGGCGCUUCUCGGCCUAUCGCCGCCGCCAUGGAUCGGCGACGACGGACGCGACAGCGGCGGGUGCGACUGCAGCGGCGGCGACGGGUUCAUGGCGAAGGUCGUCGGAGUGGUCGGACCCAAGUGUGAGAAGGAGAAGGGGAGGGUGGACGGCUGGAUCCAGCAUUACUACGGCGGCGGCGGCGAGUGCAGGGAGCCCGCGAGGCUGGCGCAUCUGUUGCUCGCCAAGGCCUCGUGGUCCUGGGAUGGAGAAGGUCCCGAGGAUAGAUCAGCCAUUGCAUUCCCUUCCGCGGUGAAGGAGUUCUUGGACCGUGAUGCGCCGCCGCGGUUGACGGAGGAGGGGGAGCAUAGGGAGACAGAGUGAUGAUUGGACGGAGGACCUCUCUGUAGUGUGUUCGCCAAAGCAUACUUCAAAGUUCAGAGAACACAGUGAUGAUGGAUGUGCAAACUGAAUGUUUGUAUUCUGAAAUUGUCAAACGCAAUGUGUUGCUACCAGAGAAGAACACAUGGGCAACCUGUCGAAAAUUUUACAUCUAUUUACUAGAGUUUUCAGGGAUUUUCACCUGCAUUUUGCUCCAGUGACAUGUCUUGGGUUCAUCUUCAUGCUAGGAUGUAAUCUGUGGUGGGCACAUGUGCCAAUGGUAAGCAACAAGAUAUGCAAAAACAUGUGAUGUUUUCUUCUGUCAUGGCAACAUAUGCGAAUCAAAAUCACUUAGCGAA